GCCAGGAACAGUCGGAUGUUUCAAACUGGGGUCCCACUCCACUCCAUUUCCUUUCAGCCAACACUGAACGGAUAUCCCCGUAGAACAAAGGAGAAGAAAAUGGGUGAACCACUGAAGCUAAAUUUCUUUGACAACAAGCCACUGGAGAAGACCAAGAAGGAUCCCAAGCGCUUGUCAGUGGAGAGGAUCUACCAGAAGAAGACUCAGUUGGAGCACAUUUUGCUCCGACCUGAUUCUUACAUCGGCUCAGUAGAGACUGUCACGCAGCAAAUGUGGGUGUAUGAUGAAGACAUUGGAAUGAAUUGCCGGGACGUGACAUUCGUGCCAGGGCUUUAUAAGAUUUUUGAUGAGAUCCUUGUAAAUGCUGCAGACAAUAAGCAGAGAGAUAAGAGCAUGUCCUGCAUCAAAAUCAACAUUGAUGUUGAAAACAACACGAUCAGUGUAUGGAAUAAUGGCAAGGGGAUCCCGGUGGUGGAGCACAAGGUGGAGAAAGUGUAUGUGCCUGCUCUCAUUUUUGGACAGCUCCUCACUUCCAGCAACUAUGACGAUGACGAAAAGAAGGUCACAGGUGGACGUAAUGGAUAUGGUGCCAAGCUGUGCAACAUCUUCAGCACAAAGUUCACCGUUGAGACCGCUUGCAAAGAAUCAAAGAAGACUUUUCGACAGACCUGGUACGACAACAUGGGCAGGGCCGGGGAUCCUAGCAUCAAAUCCUUUGACGGAGAGGAUUUCACCUGCGUCACCUUUCGGCCAGAUCUGCCCAAGUUUAAGAUGAGCAUCCUGGAUAAAGACACGGUGGCCCUGAUGACCAGGAGGGCCUACGACAUUGCUGGAUGUAGCAAGGGUGUCCGUGUGUUCUUCAACAGCAAAAGACUGCCUGUUACAGAUUUCCGAAGCUACGUGGGCUUGUACUUGAAGGACAAAGUGAACGAGACGGGCAAUGAGCUCACGGUGGUUCACGAGGUUGUCAACGGGCGCUGGGAGGUCUGCCUCACCGUGAGCGAGAAGGGCUUCCAGCAAAUCAGCUUUGUCAACAGCAUUGCCACAACCAAGGGUGGGAGGCACGCAGAUUAUGUGGCCGAUCAGGUGGUGAGCAAGCUCAUUGACGUUGUGAAGAAGAAGAACAAAGCUGGCGUGGUGGUCAAACCUUUCCAGGUGAAAAACCACAUGUGGCUGUUUGUGAACUGCCAGAUUGAGAACCCCACGUUUGACUCUCAAACUAAAGAGAACAUGACUUUGCAGCAUAAGAACUUCGGCUCUACUUGCUCGCUCAGCGAGAAAUUCAUUAAACAGGCCACCAACUGCGGAAUUGUCGAAAACAUCAUGAACUGGGUGAAGUUCAAAGCUCAGCUGCAGCUCAACAAGAAGUGCUCAGCAGUCAAACACACCAAAAUCAAAGGGGUGCCCAAGCUGGAUGAUGCCAACGACGCAGGUGGCAAGAACUCCAUCGGCUGCACGCUGAUCCUCACUGAGGGAGACUCGGCCAAGACGCUGGCUGUGUCUGGGCUGGGCGUAGUCGGCAGGGAUCGCUAUGGCGUAUUCCCCCUAAGAGGAAAAAUUCUCAACGUGCGAGAGGCCUCUCACAAGCAGAUUAUGGAGAACGCAGAGAUCAACAACGUCAUCAAGAUCCUCGGCCUGCAGUACAAAAAGAACUACAGUGACCCCGAGUCGCUCAAGUCCUUGCGCUAUGGCAAGAUCAUGAUCAUGACUGAUCAGGAUCAAGACGGCUCCCACAUUAAAGGUUUGCUGAUAAACUUCAUCCACUACAACUGGCCGUCAUUGCUGCGCCACAACUUCCUGGAAGAGUUCAUCACUCCGCUCAUCAAAGCAUCAUUCAAGAAAUCCCAGCUGUCAUUCUACAGUAUCCCAGAAUUCAAUGCAUGGAAGGAGAGCCAGGCCAACCACAAAUCUUGGAAAGUCAAAUACUACAAAGGUUUGGGAACUAGCACGUCGCAAGAGGCCAAGGAGUAUUUCUCUGACAUGCAGAGACAUCGUAUUCCAUUCAAAUAUUCCGGGCCUGAAGACGAUGAAGCAAUCACCCUUGCCUUUAGCAAGAAAAAAGUGGACGAGCGCAAAGAGUGGCUCACCAAUUUCAUGGUCAACAGACGCCAGCGGAAGGAGCACAACCUGCCUGAGGAGUAUCUCUACAGUCAGUCCACCAAGCAUCUCUCCUACAACGACUUUGUCAACAAGGAGCUGGUACUUUUCUCCAACUCUGACAAUGAGCGGUCCAUUCCCUGCCUGGUGGAUGGGCUGAAGCCAGGCCAGAGGAAGGUACUGUUCUGCUGCUUCAAGAGAAAUGACAAACGGGAGGUGAAGGUGGCCCAGUUGGCCGGUUCAGUGGCUGAGACGUCAGCGUAUCAUCACGGAGAGGUUUCUCUGAUGAUGACCAUUGUUGGAUUAGCCCAGAACUUUGUGGGAAGCAACAACUUGAACUUGUUGCAGCCUCUUGGUCAGUUUGGAACAAGGCUGCACGGUGGCAAGGACUCUGCCAGCCCCCGUUACAUUUUCACCAUGCUCAGCCCUCUGGCCCGCCUUCUUUUCCCGGCGAUGGAUGACAAUCUGCUGAAGUACAACUACGACGACAACCAGCGCGUGGAACCCGAGUGGUACAUUCCCAUCAUCCCUACCGUGCUGGUCAACGGCUCUGAUGGUAUCGGCACAGGCUGGGCUAGCAGAAUCCCCAACUACGACGUCCGAGAGAUCGUCACCAACAUGACGCGCAUGCUCAAUGGAGAGGAGCCACUACCCAUGCUUCCUAACUAUAAAGGCUUCAAAGGAACAAUUGAUCAGCUGAUGGACAAUCAGUACAUCGUCUGUGGAGAGCUGGCCAUCAUUGACUCCACCACCAUUGAGAUCUCUGAAUUGCCUGUAAAAACCUGGACACAGACUUACAAGGAGAAUGUUCUGGAGCCGAUGCUGAACGGAACAGAGAAGGUUCCCCCUCUGAUCACAGACUAUAAGGAAUACCACACCGACACCACAGUGCGGUUUCUGAUCAAGAUGACGGAGGAGAAGCUGCGGGAGGCGGAGGCUACAGGCCUCCAUAAAGUCUUCAAGCUGCAGAAUCCAUUCACCUGCAAUUCCAUGGUUCUGUUUGACCAUGUGGGCAGCCUGAAGAAGUACGAGUCUGUGCAGGAUAUUCUCAAAGACUUCUUCGAGUUGAGGUUGAAGUACUAUGGACUGAGAAAGGACUGGCUGGUGGGCAUGUUGGGGGCAGAGAGCGCCAAGCUCACCAAUCAGGCCCGCUUCAUCCUGGAGAAAAUCCAGGGCACCUUGGUCAUUGAGAACAAACCAAAGAAGGAACUGAUUCGCAUGCUGCAGCAAAUGGGGUAUGACUCUGACCCAGUCAAGGCCUGGAAGCAGGCUCAAGACAAGAAUGAGGAGCAAGCAGAAGAGGAUCAGGAAGAAACAUCAGAGGAGGAUACCAGUGGUCCAGACUACAAUUACCUGCUAGGCAUGCCCAUGUGGUUCCUGACCAAGGAGAAGAAGGAGGAACUGUGCAAGCAGAGAGAUGCUAAGAUAACAGAGCUGAACACGCUGAAGAAGAGGUCUCCACCUGACCUGUGGAAGGAAGACCUUGCUGCCUUUUCGGAAGAACUGGAGUGCGUUGAAGCCAAAGAGAAGGAGGACGCCACAAUGCCCAUCGUGAAGACUUCUAAAGGCAAAGGUUUGAAGAUGAAGGUCAAAACGGAAACUCUGCCCACGCCGCAGGGCCGGCGAGUCAUCCCACGCGUCACCAGUGCCAUGAAAGCCGAGGCUAACAGGAAGGCCGACCUCCUCAAAGGAGAACGCAAGAGAGGCAAAAAAGUCAAGACUGACGAUGUGACCGUGAAGAUGGAGUUUGGGGACGAUGACGAGAACACAGAGCCGGUCGGGGAAGUCGGCCUGGCUGCUCGAUUGACAAAGAAGACAAAAACAACCUUACAGGAAAAAGGAUCAAAGAUGGGCAAGCAGACCACCCUUCAGUUCAAGCCCGUUGCCAGGAAGGCCAAAAAGAGUCAGACGUCGGAGGAGGAAAGUGACGAUCUGUCUGAGAGUGAAGUGGAGGUAAAGGAGGUUGCUGCCCCCAGAGAGAAGAUGCAACGCAAAACCAAAGCUGCCAUCAAGUACUCCAUGUCUGAUAGCGAGGAUGAGUUUGAUGACUGCGCGAAGAGCGACGCUCCAAAAUGGAAAGUUGACACCAGUGACGACGAUGACAGCUUCGCCCCGGACCCCAGCACCAUGAAGGACAGCGACCUGGACUCUCCCAAAGCACCGGAGCCGACAAAAAAAGUGACAAAGGCUAAAUCAACAGCCAGGAAACAACUGGGAGGCAAAUCAAGCUCUCAGUCUGACAAGCAGGAGGCCGCGCCAAAAGCCCCAGUUCAGCGUAAGACCAAACAGGCUGCACCCAAGAAACCUGCUGCUCCAAAGAAAGCGGCCGCAUCCAAGAAGGCUGCAGAUGUGAAGCAGCCGUCCAUCGCGGAUGCUCUGUCCAAACCCAAACCUUCGUCCAAGAGCGUUCCCUCCUUUGACUCCAGCGACUCGGAGGGCAAAGCCAAAGUACAGAAGCCGAAGCCCGCGCCCAAACGGAAACAGGUCAUCACUGACGACUCCGACAGCGACUCAGGGGACCUCAUGUCCCGCCUUAUGUCCAAAUCAACCGCAGGAGCUAAGAAAAAAGGAAGGAAGUGGAGCGAUGAUGAAAGCUUCCAGAUGCCAGACCAGGAAUCCGCCGCUCCGUUAGCUUUUGCAGCAAAGGACAAGCCCAGCAGGGCCAAGAAACCCGUUUGCUACAACCUCGACUCGGAUUCCGACUAAAGCAGUGUUCAUACGCCGGUAAUCACAUUUUGUAUUUCAUUUCAUUUACUGGUUUUAAAUGUUUUAAUGUUGAGGUUUUAUUAUAUAUAAGAUCUGUGAAUAUUUCAAUUGUUGUUGUUGUCACUGUCAACUGUUUGUUCAACUGUUUCUCAAAUAAAGUUCAGGUUUUUUGAUUGCCUA